AUGUCUGGAGGAGCAGGACUAAAAAAACGGCAAGUGCCGAAAGUCGCUACGAGCAGCACCACGAACAGCGCCCAACCCCCGUCAACGGCCAGAGCGCGGACGGUAACGCGGCAGGAGGCUUCCGAAUGGCAGCUCGACAGUGAGUACAUCCUCAGCGGCUAUCGGCCCGAGAAGGCAGACUAUCUGGAGCUGUUCGCCAGCCUAACUUUUCUACACAACAAGACGUGCAACGUGUACACGCACCUAGUCGGAGCUAUCCUCCUACCGCUCGUCGCGACUGUCUUCCUGCGGUACCUAGGCGAGCCGCAAUUUCUCAAUGUCUCGUCCGCGGACUAUGCCAUGUUUGGAAUCUACUUCUGGUGUGCCGAGAUCUGUCUGCUCUUCAGCGCGCUCUACCACCUGCUGCAGCCCCACUCGUACCGCGCAGAGCAGGUCUGGCACGCAAUGGAUCUGCUGGGCAUUGUCGUUGUGACGGUGGGCACAUUUGCUUCCGGGAUAUAUUACGUCUUCUUCUGCGAGGCGAGCUUGCAAAAGUUGCACUGGGCUAUUGUCUUAACUACGGGCACGGCCACCGGUGUUCUAAUCUCGAAUCCCUCGCUCAGAACGCUGCGGUGGCGGAGACGUUACAGGCUCGAAUACAUGCUCCAGUACUCGGGCAUGAAGUGGUAUCUGCUCGAGCUUGUGUUCUAUGGCGCCGGUGUCAGCCUAUACGCGUUCCGAAUCCCGGAGCGCUUGCCUCCUGGUAGAUUUGAUAUCUGGGGAAGCUCGCACCAGAUCUUCCACGUCGCCAUCUUGUUCGCGAUGUACACGCACGUCACGGCUCUGCUGCAAGGUUUUACAAGCUGCCAUACGCUGGAUCCAUUGGUUCUGUACUGCACCUGGAGGGCUCUGGAACUACGCUACGGACAUGCUGCAACAUACUCGGGGUGGGAUUCCUUCCUCGAUGGCACUACGUGCCUCAAGCCCAAAAUCCCCUGA